GUCAGUUAUCCGGGCCUGCGCUCACCCUGAUCUGGAGCGGGGAUGUAGGGAGGUAGAUUCCUGGAUGUCUGGUUCAUUUUGGGACUCUCGGCUUCACGUCCCUCCCAAAGAAUGAGGCUGAGGAGAAAUUCAUUUCUCUUCGGGCUUCUAGGGUCCCCGUGAUUGCACUGGAGAGGGGGCGGAGCCCUGGGAUCAUGGCCUGACACCUCCCACCACUGGCCAUUGAGAGUGGGCCUGCGGAAAUUGGGGUGGUGGGUGCGAGAGUCAGCACUCUGUCCCCUAGAACCCAGGCGACCCUGGGCAGGUGCCCAUUUCCUGCCGAACCAGGGCCAGGCGAGCACGUGUCCCGCGUGGGGAGCUAGCCGGCCGAGGGCCUGAAGCGCCGAGUCACAGGCAGCUGAGUCACCGGGGGUGGGGGGGUUGCGGGGGGCGCCCCUCCCUUCCUGGCCCCCAGAGGCGCUCCUGUCCGCGAUGCCGACGCCUUUGGGUGCCCAGGGAGGAGGAAGCCGGCGACUCCAGAGUCCCUCAGGGGACGGAACUGGGGUCACCGAGGCCGCCCCAGCCAGGAGAAGGCUGAGUCUGAACAGGCCCGGGCACGGCAAUCCGCUUCCCGGACGGGGUCCCGGCCCCUCCUGACCCACAGCCCGAGGCUCUUCCCAUCCUUGCUCUCCCUUGCCUCUUCCUCUCCUGCCCCAAGCCCCAAUCGCUCCUAGCUUCUUCCAUUCCCGAAACCCGGACUUCGGGGCCCCGAGGUCAUUCCGAUGCCCGGGCCUCCCGGCAGCUGGAACCUGCUCGCAGUCCCUCAGGUCCCCCCCGCUCCGGAGGCCUGACCCCCUAGUCUGGUACUGGCGUUGGGAAAGGGGUGCCAGUAUUCUUCUAGCUGAGGCUACCUCUUGCCUGGACUCAGCCGCAGCCCGUGAAGGCAGCCCCUUCCUCCCUCUUCGCUUGGUACCCGAGUUCUGUGGGAUGGUAGCCUUGCUCUCCCUAAGGUUGUCCCAAGCAGCGCCGCGUCCCUGGAGUUCCCCCACUUUCCCGGUGCCUUCCCCAGCUCAGGUAUUCUUUGACCCGCUCCUUGUUUGGUUUCUCCCCCCCCCCCAGAAGUUCCAUUUCGUCCCCACCCUCAACGCGGUCAGCAGCAGCCAGGAUUAUCAGUGGAUGACGCAGCCCCGGUUCCUAGGACCCGGUGACUACCCCAGGCCUCUCUCGUACCAGCCCUACAGCCUCCAGGGACGACCUGGGGUCAUUCGUGCUGUGGGGCCCCCGCCCGGGGUGCGGAGGAGGCACAGUGAACAGAUAAGUCCUGAGGAGGAGGAGAGAAGGAGGGUCAGGCGGGAGAGAAACAAGUUGGCAGCGGCCAAAUGCCGGAACAGGAGGAAGGAGCUGACUGACUUCCUGCAGGCAGAGACAGAUAAACUGGAAGAAGAGAAGUCAGAGCUACAGAAAGAGAUUGAGGAGCUGCAAAAGCAGAAAGAGAAAUUGGAGCUGGUUCUGGAGGCUCACCGCCCUGUGUGCAAGGUGCCCAGCGAGUCAGAGGAAGAGGCUGAGCCACCACCAGAGAGAGCUUCAGGCAGCACCCCGGCUCCUCUCCGUCGCCGACCCCAAAUCUCCCUCUCCCCUGGUCCUGUUCUGGAGCCAGAAGCUCUACACACUCCUACUCUCAUGACCACCCCCUCUCUCACCCCCUUUACUCCCAGCCUGGUCUUCACCUACCCAGGGACCCCCGAGCCCUGUUCCUCUGCCCAUCGCCGCAGCAGCAGCAGCAGUGGAGACCCUGGCUCUGACCCCCUGGGCUCUCCCACACUUUUAGCCCUCUGAGUGACAAUAAAGCCCAAGCCCUCUGGUCCUCCAAGAGCUCAAGGCACCUUUUUACCCUGUUCCAGCCAGCCCAGGUCACCCCCUUCUCGUUUGGCUCCCAUCUCCAUCCUGGCUUAGCACGUCCCUGGGCAUCUGGUUGGGGCCUCAUUUGUCCUAGCAUGUCCUGAGCAUCUUGGGGACCACCAAGGCUCUCCAGCCACCUCCCAGGGUUCAGUCUGAGAUUGAUCUUAUUCAAGGCAAGGAACAUUUAAGUGCCUACUAUGUGUAGGAACUCCUACUGUUGCAAGAACACAUGUGGCUGCUCCCCUCCCCUGACACAGAGCUCAGAGCUCCAGGGCC